GGGCCCUACGAGUCAACAAAGGCGGAACGGGAAAACCCACCUGGUCUGUCCAGGCGCCAGGUGCUGUACCACUACUGGGCUCGGUGGGGCUGUUGGACCAAGUUUCAGCCCCUGGACCACAUUCGAGAGUACUAUGGCGAAAGCAUUGCCCUGUACUUUGCUUGGCUCGGUUGUUACACACAGUGGCUGCUGCCUGCUGGUAUCGUGGGUCUUGCCUGUUUUCUCUACGGCCUCUUCACUGUCCGCACAUUCGUCCCGGGGCGCGAAGUCUGCGACAAACGCAAUCCGAUUCGUAUGUGUCCCUUCUGUGAUGAGGCUCUCGGCUGUGACUACUGGUUCCUUCACAAUCUCUGCUUUCCCCGACAGGUGUCCUACCUCUUUGAUCAUGCAGGAACCGUCUUCUUUGCUGUCUUCAUGGUGACGUGGGCUGUUCUCUUUCUGGAGGCCUGGAAACGAAAGUGUGCCAAGCUGACCCACCAUUGGGACGUGUUCGACUACGAACACGAAGAGGAGACUAUACGGCCGCAGUACGCCCGUUUGUGCACCGAGUCUCGGCCCAACCCCAUUACCAGUAAGAUGGAGCCCUACUUCCCACCAGCCAUCCGAAGGACUCGCAUUGUGAUUGGUGCAAUCACGAGUUUACUGUUGGUAAGAGGGCGGUGCCGGACUGUUUUCCAGCCAUUACUUUGCUGCAAUUAG